AUGUCCUCCAGCACCUCUCCCGCGCUCCUCGCGCGCAGCGCCUCGGUCACGAGCUCCAACUCGUCCGGCACCACCGCCAGCAGUGAUGGCGCCACGACGCUCAUGACGCUCAGCAUGCUCAGCUCCGCCAACACGUCGCCCGGCACGGCCACAAGUCCCGGCCGAGGCGCGCCGCAGUAUUCCUUCAGCGGCAUCGACGGCCUUCCGCGCCACAGCGAGCAGCCGACGGACGUGCUGAAGCGGACGCACGUCCAUCGCCAGCGCCAUGUGGCCGACGACUACUUUGCUCGUCUGCCGGCAGCAACGUCGUACCGUGCCGUCCGCGUAGCCAGCGGCGAGCCGCCGUCCGCCUCCUCCUGGCUCACGCAGCACGACGGUCUGCCGAGCCCGAGCAAGCUGCCGGCGCCUCGUGUGGUGCGUCCACGCACGGCGCAGAACCGUCCGCCGAUUCCCUUCUUCUCGCGCCAGAACGGCAACGCAGGAGCGCAUCGCAAGUCCUUCUCGUCGGGCGCCGAGGAAGUCACGGCGCAGCGCGCCGAGCUGGGGCACAAGCGUGCCGCGACGGAGGUGCAGCCGUUCGUGGCAGAGCCUCAGCAGCAGCAACCGCAGCUGCACCGCGUCGUCAUCUGCCGCGACGCGCCCGAGCCCAUGUCCUACGCGCAGAUGGACGCGCGCAAGCUCGCCGACGAGCUCGAGCACCGCCGGCGACCGCGUCCGGGCCUGGCGUCCAUCGAGCGCUGGAAGCGCGAGACGGGCCGACACGAGGAUGCCCGGCGUGCCGCCAUCGACCUGCUGACCGCCGUGCAGGCCGGCUCGGGCCAGCAGCUCCAGUGCGAUGGCCGCUGGCGCACCCCGUACCCGUCGCGCGGCAACACGGCCACUUUCGACGACGCGGCCCUCUCAGACGACAACGACGAAGAUGACGAGCACGAGCCGGGCACUGCGCUGUGA